AUGGGAGGUCUUAGGGGAAGUCAGAGUCUCGCUUCUUGGGUCGUCGCCGGAACAAUUGCCUACUUUCUAUGGGUUAAACCAGCUCAAGAUCUCAAAAAGGAACAACAGGCUAGGGCAGCUCUCGCAGUAGCCGAUCCAAAUCAAUACGUGGAGAAGAGGAGACCAAUCGCUGAUCCUCAGGUUACUGGUCUGAUUUAUGGAAACAAGAAGAAAACCGAUAAACCACAGGAUUAAAAUUUCUGUAGGAGAAGCACCAAUAAGAAAUGUCACGGAAAGUCAACACCAACGACCGCGUCCGUUGACUAAGAAAGUCCUUCGCCGUCUCCUUUGGUUCAUCAUCAUCUUCUUCCUCUCUGUUAAAAUCAGGAGAGAACUCUUCCAAUCAAAACAAACACCACAACCAUGGCUUCACUCUCCAUCUCCACCUUAUUUCUCCUCCUCCUCUUCGCCACGUCAUCACCGGCGGAGGCUCAGCAACCGUACGUCAACAACCGCCAGCUCGACUGCGAAAACCGAGCCUUCGACAACAUAACCAACGGUAACACCUGUAACGGCCCAACCUCUUGCCGCUCCUACCUCACUUUCUGGUCUCAUCCACCGUACAACACAGCCAACUCCAUCGCCGGACUCCUCAACGUCUCCGCCGCCGAGAUCCAAUCCAUCAACAACCUCACCACCGUCACCGCCACAAUCACUCCUCGUCAACUUGUCAUCAUCCCGGCCAACUGCUCCUGCUCCGGCGCCGGAUUCUACCAGCACAACGCCACUUACAGAAUCUCAAGACACGAGACGUAUUUCUCCGUGGCCAACGAUACAUACCAAGCUCUGUCCACGUGUCAAGCCAUGAUAUCACAGAACUCUUACGGCGAGAAAAACCUUGUCCCUGGAUCUGACCUCCUCGUCCCUCUCCGAUGUGCUUGCCCCACCGUGAAUCAAACCGCCGCCGGAUUCAAUUAUCUCUUGACCUAUUUGGUCUCUCAGGGAGACAGUGUCUCCACCAUCGCCGAUAUGUUCAGGAGCACAACCGACGCCGUUUUAGACGGUAACGAGCUCAAGUCAAGCGACUUGAUCUACUUCUUCACUCCUCUUUCGGUUCCUCUCAGGACUGAACCUACCAGAAUCGUGACAUCUCCGUCGCCUCCUCCGCCGGUUGCUACGCCGCCUCAGUCGCCGCCGGUGGAGCCUCCGGGAUCCUCCUCUUCUCACAAAUGGGUUUUCGUCGGAAUCGGAAUCGGAGCCGGUUUGCUUCUCUUAAUCUCACUCUUUGCUCUCUUCUUCUUUUUCUACAAACGAAGAUCGAAACCGGAACAGAACAAGCUCACUGAUUCAUCGACCAAACACUCUGUUCUCACAACAACUCCUCCUCAAUGGUCAAUCGAUUUGUCCAAAUCCUCAGAUACAUUUGGUCUGAAAUCCGCAAUCGAGUCCCUGACGAUUUACAGAUUCCACGAUCUCCAAUCAGCUACUUCGAAUUUCAGCGAGGAGAACAAAAUCAAAGGCUCGGUGUAUCGCGCAACGAUCAACGGCGACGAUGCGGCGGUGAAAGUUAUCAAAGGAGACGUCUCUUCCUCUGAGAUCAGUCUCUUGAAGAAGCUUAAUCACUCCAAUAUCAUCCGCCUCUCCGGAUUCUGCAUCCGAGAAGGAACCUCGUACCUUGUCUACGAGUACUCGGAGAACGGAUCGAUUGGUGAUUGGCUUCACUCAUCGGACAAGAAGAGAACUUUGACAUGGAAACAGAGAGUUGAAAUCGCUAGGGACAUAGCAGAAGCUUUGGAUUACCUUCAUAACUACGUAACACCACCUCAUAUACACAAGAACUUGGAAUCCACCAACAUACUUCUCGAUUCUAAUUUCAGAGCCAAGAUUUCGAAUUUUGGGGUAGCGAGGAUUCUUGAUGAUGGUGAUCUUGAUCUUCAGUUAACUAGACACGUUGAAGGAACACAAGGCUACUUAGCUCCAGAGUAUGUCGAAAACGGAGUGAUCACUCCGAAGCUAGACGUGUUUGCCUUUGGAGUUGUGGUUCUUGAGCUUCUUUCAGGGAAAGAAGUAGUGACGAUACAGAAGGAGAAGGGAGAAGAAGAAGUGGAGAUGUUGUGUAAAGAGAUAAAGAACGUGCUUGGAGGAGAGAAUGUUAGAGAAAAGCUAAAAGCGUUCAUGGAUCCAUCUCUAGAGAAUGAGUAUCCGUUAGAGCUGGCUUACACCAUGGCUCAGCUUGCCAAGAGCUGUGUCGCACCUGAUCUUAACUCGCGUCCAUCUAUUGCUCAGGUCUUAACCAAGCUCUUGAUGAUCGUCUCGUCCUCCAUGGAUUGGGAACCUUCUCAUGACCUUCUUCAUGAUUCGGGCUCUCUUGGCGACUAGUUCUUCAUUUAUUUUUUUUCAAUAAUAAGUAAUUAGAUUUUAGAUUUUUUUUUGUACUAGACAAGAUAUGGGAUCAUAAAGCUAAAACAUUUAGGUAGCAGAUAAAAUAAUUGGUACCACUCUUUACAACAAAGUAAUAAGAUAUGAUAGAGAAGCUUUGUGUA